AUGCUAAAGACAACAAUGGGAAUGCUGGGAGAAUAUGAAUACGAUACAGUAUACAAUGAAAACGUGGUACCCCCGGUCACGUGGAUACUGUACGUAGCCUUCCUCGUCACCAACUGCAUUAUCAUUAUGAAUUUAUUGGUAAGUGACUGUCGGGAAAGAAGGAGACGAUCUAGAUGAUACGAGUUGCAAAUUGUACGGUGAAAAGACCAUUUCCAAAUUCCAAAAAUUCUCCCAAAGUGCAAAACCUUUCUCGUGAAAGUGAGUUUCAAUAGUCCUCUUUAGCUUGUAUGCUAGAGUAUUAUGACAGGUCUGUAUUGAGAAAACAAAACAUACAAACUAAAGAGGUCUGUUGCUUGAUAAUAACAAAAUAUUUUCGUUUUAAUGGCUUCACACUUGGCCUCGCUUUGAAACAGAGGCUGGGGCAAGUCGGUAAUGGCCCAUUUCUUGCGAGAUUGAGUGCAAAAGGGAAGUGUAAUCACGUGAUGCGAAACUCGUCAUCCUAGUUUGGUACAGACAAAUACAGUGCUGUUGGAAAAGUACCUUAAAAUGGAGUGAUGUUCUUCCCUAAAAUGAUAGCAUUUGUUUUUUUUUUUAAAAAAACUCAUUCUUUUGCGUUUGUUUCCAAUUAAAGUUGAUUGAAAUGGCUUAUUCCCUAUUUUUAAAGUACAAGAGUUGAACCUUGGUCCGUGCUUUCUUCUUGUGAGUGACCUUUCCGCGUAAACGACGCCCAUUCAGAAUAGUCUAAUCGGAGAUUGCCUUAUAGGGUUCGUCAGUCCCGUUAUCCUAACCCAAAUUGUAGCUAAAUCCCGUAAUCCCCCGAUGGUUAUUAUUGCUAUCCUCCAUACUGUGAAUACUUGCAACCCGAAUAUCGCCCCAUUUUGCUUUAAAAACCCGAAUCCCGAAUCCCGGAAAUCAGUUGUUCCAGUGAAAGCUCUAUAGUCAGAACCUCUCAUAGGCGGUUAUCUCCAAUAAGUAGCCACCAAAUCUGGGCGUUUUUAAUUGUUAACCAUAGGUUGGUCUGGCUGUAGACGAUAUCAAAGUUGUGCAAGAGAAAGCAGUGCUCAAAAGACUGGCCAUGCAGGUUUGUCAAUGCAACACACAGUAACUGAGGGGGAGGUUGGAUAAAUGUGAAACUAUUUUUUCUUUUCCUCUUUGACAAUUAAAGAUACCUUUUCACCCUUGAGGAACAGUCAUAUUUUUGCCCUCUUAAGGUAAAAUGGCCUGUUAAUUUUUGUGUAAUGGGUUCUCUUCUAGCGGAAGAAUCUAGAGGGUCCGAGGGCAUGCUUCUCUGGAAAAAAUGUUAAAUUUUAGUUCUGUGUCAAAAGGUUUCUCGCAUUCUGGGGUUAAAUUUUAGUUUUUCGGUUACUGAAUUUCAGGCAAUUUUUUUUUUCUGCCAAUUGUAUCUUUUCACUAGGUUUUGGUUUUAUUUUAUAAGGUUUUAGACAUUGACGGUUUCACCUUUGGUGCUUUGACGGAACGUUGUGCGUUAGCCCUGCCCAGAGAAAACAAGUGUAGAAUGAAAUCGCUAGUUUUCAAGUAUUACUGAUAGACUAAUGACUAAAAACAUUGUCACCUUACUUUAACACGAAUUUCCAGUUGCCUAUACCACAAUUGCUCCCUGGAAUUCAUCUAAGGCAAAUUGUUUUCUUGAAAAUUAGUUUUCCGUGUACACAUAUGUCUACAUAUGAAUUAUUUAAAUCAAUCCAUAUUGUUGUCGGCGUUAUGUGCUACUGACACACAACGCAGAUAGAGCUGUUUGAUUAUUUCUGGGGGAAUUUUAUCCUGUAAUCAGGUUGGUUUUAAGAAGUAAGUGUCCCAUUUUUGUGUAGGUUGACCUUGCUUUAGAUGUAGAGAAAGCCCUUCCUGCAAUGCUGAGACAACGGUUUGCCACAACUCAAGAAGUAGUUUAUCCAAAUGCUAACAGAUACUGGACAAUAUGGUCAUUUUGGAACCAGAAUGUCAGUCCUGCAAGAGCAAUUAACGAGGCAAUGAACCCAGAAAAGGUUAGCGAUUAUACGCUUUAUUUCCUCUGAUAUGGUAGUGAUAGUGCGGCUGGCGUGCAAUAAUGACCCCGGGAGCUAUAUCAGUUGCGGUUAGGAAGCGUAAAUGGCAUUAGAGACCUUUAGCAUAGGUUUUUCUUUGGAAACUGCAAACCGCGAACGGCAGUUUGCGGUUACGCGUUUGCAGUUUCACGUUGACAGUACUUCGAAUUUUAACCAAGUGUUCGUUGUUUGGUGGCACUACGUUGUUUUUCGUCAAGUCGGGGUGCUUCACUUUAAUCGCCUGAAAAAUAUCAAGAAUUCAUUGAUUUGAGUUCAAACAUCUAACUAGCACAUCACAAGCGGGUGUAGGAACCUAUCUUUUGCCUUUAAACGUGAGGCUGUACAAAUUUUUUGCCAAAAAUCGCUUCCCGCUGGAAGCUCUUGCUGCCUUUCAAGACUGUGGUCACGUGAUCUUCUCAAGUUUUCCGUUAACCAUGAAAAACCUGAUGGUUAAGUCUCUAUCAUUAACAAAAUGAACCAGGUAGCCGUGACACAGCCUCUUUAUGUAUUUUUACGGCAAUAGUCCAUUGUUACUGUUUUUUAUUGUUUUCUAAGCCAAUCCUUGAGGCCUUGUAUAGCUUAGUAUCGCCCUUCUCUUUGCUAGUAUUUCAAUUUACUUUGGAUUACAAGGCAUUGCUAUACAAAAGAAAACACCUUUCAGGAACGUCUGUCAACGUUUUUUUUUUAUUAUUUAUUUAUCUAUAUAUUUUUAUCAGACUCCAAUUGAAAAGCUACAGAAUCAUCAGGAGGCUUUAAAAGACGAAGUAAUGACCCUAAAAUCAAAACUCAAAGCUGUAUUAGAUCAUACCACCCAACUGGAGGCCAUGAUGAAGGCGCUCAUGAAGCAUCACGGGAUAUCUGUAGAAGAGGAAGAAGAAGGCGAGGAUGACGACUAA